UCCAGAUUAAUUCCUCACACACUCAGCCAUCUAUAUUGACGCUUCAAAAUAUUUUUUGUCACGAAAUCUCCUGACCUUUGUUAUUCUCUUAACUGAGACAGGGUCCGAGCAGAAAAAAACUGAAAAUUCUUAACUUGUUUCUCCCAUGAUAGCUAUUCAACGUAAUACAAGUCAAGAUACUACGUUUCAGCUUUGAUACUUGCAGCAAAAUCAUUGCUCAAUUGCACUAACAAUCCAUUUUUAUUCUAUUGUUGGAUUGGAUCAAUGAUCAUGGUUCUGACCAUUGACCACUCCCUCUACCACACAUAUAUACAUACACAUACUUAUAAUAUCAUACAGUUAAUUUUAAUUCUUUUCUUUAUGUCAGUCAUAAUCCUUGAACCAAUAUGAAGUUUUAUGCUCAAACUUCGAAAGCAAUUACAAACCUCUUGGUUUGGCUUCCUCUAAUCACACUUAUCCUAUGCCAGUGCCUCAUAGGAGCCAAAGCUGCCAAUAGUUCCCAAACUUCAAGUGUUGGUGUGGUCAUUGAUGUCAAUUCUGAGAUGGGAAAACAACAGAAAAGAGCCAUGCAGAUUGCAGCUCAAAAUUUCAAUAAUAAUUCAAAGACUCAGAACAUAACCCUUUUCUUCCGUGACUCUGCAGGAAACCCUUUACAAGCAGCUUCAGCUGCUGAAGAAUUAAUUACCAAGAAAGUUAAAGUCAUUAUUGGAAUGGAGACAUGGCAGGAAGCAGCUCUAGUGGCUGACCUUGGAGCCAAAGCUCAGGUCCCAAUCAUUUCAUUUUCUUCUCCCCCGGUAGUCCCUCCAUUGAUGCAACUUCGUUGGCCUUUCUUGAUUCAAAUGGCGAAAAACGAGGCUACACACAUGAACUGCAUAGCAGAUAUCAUCCAUGAGUUCAACUGGCCCAAAGUUAUAGCUAUAUAUGAAGACAACCCUUAUAGCAGCGAUUCUGGAAUGUUAAGCCUCUUCUCUGAGGCUCUCCAAGAGGUUAACUCGGAGAUUGAGUACCGUUUAGUCCUUCCACCAUUCACUUCUUUGUCUGAUCCAAAAGGGGUUGUUCUUGAUGAAUUGCUGAAGCUGUUGCCUCUGAAAUCUCGCAUUUUCGUUGUACUUCAAGCAUCAUUCCCUAUGGUGACUCAUUUGUUUAGAGAAGCUAAAAAAAUUGGAUUCUUGGAGAAAGGGACAGCUUGGAUAAUCAAUGAGGGGAUUGCAAGCAUGUUGGACUCUUUCAAUAAAUCUGUUUUAUCCUCUAUGGAAGGAACUCUGGGGAUUCAAACCUACUAUUCUAAAAGUUCAAGUGCUUACACUCAGUUGCAGGAAAAUUUCCUAGCUGAGCAUUCAGAAACAGCUAGUUCUAAACCAGGUUCAGAUGCCCUAAGAGCUUAUGAUAGCAUUACCGUUGUCACAAAGGCCUUAGAGAAAAUAAGUACUAAUUCUAGUAGCUCUAAGGUGUUCUUGGAGGAAAUGUUAUCUUCCAACUUUAAUGGCUUAAGUGGUAAUAUAACAUUCAAGGAAAGACAUUUAUCAUACACUCCAGUAUUAAGAGUCAUAAAUGUGGUUAAUCAGAAUUACAAGGAAUUGGACUUUUGGACACCAAAGUUGAAAUUUUCUGGAUCUCUUAAAAUACUGAAAGACAGAGAGAAAAUAGGUGAUCAUGCUACAAAAAACUUAACUGGAACAGUGGUCUGGCCAGGAGGCUUAAAUUCUGUUGAUCCUCCUAAGGGAUGGGUAUUACCUACCAAUGUAAACCCUUUAAAAGUUGCACUACCUAUGAACCCUGCUUUUGAUAAUUUUUUGAAGGAAGAUUCCCCAAAGAAAUAUUCUGGUUUUUGUAUUGAUCUUUUCCACGCUGUCCGAGGAAUUCUAUAUGACAAGUAUUCAGGUCUUCCCUAUGUAUUUGAUGCCUUCAAUGAAUCCUAUGAUAUACUUCUGCAGAGAGUCAUAAAUGAGUCCCAUGAUGCUAUUGUAGGAGAUGUAACAAUUCUCGCCAAUCGAUCAAAAGAUGUGUGGUUCACUCAACCAUACACUGAGUCAGGCUUAUCGCUCAUAUUUCCUGCAGAGAUUGAUAGGUCAGCGUGGUUGUGUAUGAAACCAUUUAGCUGGGAAAUGUGGGUUGCAACUAUUGGCAUCCUCCUAUACACAAUGUUUAUCAUUUGGUUCCUGGAGCAUCACUUGAAUCCAGAAUUUGGUGAUGGACCAGUGAAAAAUCAGAUCAGCACCACCCUGUGGUUUGCUUUUACUUCUCUAUUUUUUGCUCAUAAGGAGAAAAUAAACAGCAACUCUGCAAGAGUAGUAGUUGGUGUAUGGCUAUUUCUUGUUUUUGUUCUGACAUCAAGCUACACUGCCAACCUUUCUUCAUUGCUCACUGUCAAAAGAUUGAAGUCUGGAAGAGACGUUCAAUGGCUUAAAAGAAACAACCUAUCAGUUGGUUGUGAUAACAGCAGUGGUUUUGUAAAGAGCUACUUGGUCAACGUGUAUGGUUUCAAUCCGCAGCAAGUGACAGAGGUUGAUGGAGAACAUGAAAUUGUGGAAAAAUUCAAGAGCAAAAGGAUUUCUGCUCUCUUUCUUGAGAGCCCAUAUGAGAAAGUUUUCUUGAACAAGUAUUGCAAUGAUUAUACUGCAAUUACAGCUGCAUAUAAAUUUGGAGGACUGGGAUUUGUAUUCCAAAAAGGGUCUCCCAUGGCAAAAGACUUUUCUGUAGCAAUUUUAACACUAGCAGAAAAUGGAACACUGAAAGCUUUGGAAGAGAAAUGGUUGACCCCUUCCAAGGAAUGCACAAACAGUUCAACCUCUCAAGAAACUGAGGCCCUGACUCUAGACAAAUUCUGGGGCCUCUAUGUCAUAGGUGCUGCCACUUCCACCAUCUGCUUAGUGCUGGCUUUACUGAGGAAGUACCUUCAUAACCAUAAUCACUACCAGCAUGAAGAGGAAUCUCAACUUCAAGGAAAUAUUACAGCUGAGGACAAUAGUGUUUGGAAUAAGGCAUUAAGAAUCAGCACAGAUUUUAACCAUGGGAAUCAUAAAAGUAUGGAUAGAGCUGCAACUUUUGCUGGAAGUGGAACAAAGGGUGUACGUCGUAGGAACUCCUCCAGGUGGGAGCGUAUAAGCAUUUCCGAAGAACUGAGCAAUCCACAGCGCUCCGAAUCAGCUAUCAUAGAAAUGCUGUAGCCUUUAACACGCUGCACAGAUCACAAAAAUAAACUCACAUCACAUGCAUUCAUUAUUAUCCUA